UGGAGCAUCUUCGUCUCUUUCCUCCUUUACCUUUGAAAAAUCUUUAGCUUUGGAUUCAAUUUACUUCUCUCGCCAAAUCCACCAGCCUCCGUCAAAUCUCCAAAAGAAGAAAGAAAAAGAAAAGAGAAAAUUUCAAUCUUUGUUGGUUAGAAAUUCCAGAAGCGAACUCGAUUCUAGGCAUCGAUGGCUUACGUCGACCAUGCCUUCUCGAUUUCGGACGAGGACAUAAUGAUGGAGACAUCUUAUGCUGUCAACAAUCGGCCGCCAAUAAAGGAGAUCUCCCUCGCCGUUGCUCUUCUCGUAUUUGGAACCCUUGGGAUUGUCUCCGGCAUCAUCAUGGCCUACAAUAGAGUCGGUGGUGACCGAGGGCAUGGGAUUUUCUUCACUGUGCUGGGUUGCAUUUUGUUUCUUCCGGGGUUUUACUAUACACGGAUAGCAUAUUAUGCUUACAAGGGAUACAAAGGCUUUUCUUUUUCCAACAUACCCCCUGUCUAGUGGAUGAAUACCUAAAGCUCUUCGUGCUUGGCCACAUCUGUACAGCUAUCUCAUUACAGUCUUCCUUUUUGUUUUCUUUCCCUGUAAUCUUGUCUAGGUCUGGUUUGAUGAUAAUGUGUAUUCAGAUUCAGUUGCUAAAGAUUUGGACCUUGGUUGUUUGAUUUCCUGUUGCAAUAUAGUUGUGAACUCAUUAACAUUAACAAGUUAUGUUGAUUACUGUAUUAGAAUCUUCCUGUCAUACUUUUGAUCAAUCAGUGUUUGUUAGCCAGAUUUUGUUUGUGUAAAGCUCGCCUCUCCUGCAAGAAUAGCAGAGGUUAUAUACUCUCUAAGCUGUAUAUCUUUACACUUGAUAUAAUAUGUUUGAUAGAGGUUUGGAA